UCCGAAGAGCGCCGGCUGCCAGAGUGGACAUGGCGGCCGGCCCCAGCGGGGCUGCGCUGGCCGCGCUGGGGGUGCUCAGUGUCUGUGCUGCCAGCAGCUUUGGGCCUGUGGCAGAAGGGGAGGCCGGCGGGGAGGCGGAGUGGGCGGAACCGUGGGACGGCGCGGUUUUCCGGCCUCCCUCGGCGCUGGGCGCGGUGGGGGUGGUGCGCGAUCCCGGGAUCCCGCUGCCGGGGAGGGAGGAGGCGGGAGACUUGCCGGUGCUGCUGUGGUGGAGCCCAGGGCUGUUUCCCCACUUCCCGGGAGACUCGGAGCUCAUCGAGUGUGCGCGUGGCGCGUGCGUGGCGUCCCGGGACCGGCGGCUGCAGAGAGACUCGCGGACGCGCGCGCUGCUCUUCUACGGCACCGACUUCCGAGCGUCCGACGCGCCGCUGCCGCGCCUGGCGCACCAGAGCUGGGCGCUCCUGCACGAGGAGUCGCCCCUCAACAACUUCUUGCUGAGCCACAGCCCGGGCAUCCGCCUCUUCAAUCUUACCUCCACCUUCAGCCGCCACUCGGACUACCCGCUGCCGUUGCAGUGGCUGCCCGGGACCGGCUAUCUGCGCCGCCCCGCGCCUCCGCUGCAGGAGCGCGCGGAGUGGCGCCGCCAGGGCUACGCGCCGCUGCUCUAUCUGCAGUCCCACUGCGACGUACCUGCGGACCGGGACCGCUAUGUGCGGGAGCUCAUGCGCUACAUCCCGGUGGACUCAUACGGGAAGUGCCUACAGAAUCGGGAGCUGCCCACCGCGCGGUUACAGGACACGGCCACGGCCACCACCGAGGAUCCAGAGCUCUUGGCCUUCUUAUCCCGCUAUAAGUUCCACUUAGCCCUCGAAAAUGCCAUCUGUAACGACUACAUGACAGAAAAACUGUGGCGCCCCAUGCACCUCGGUGCUGUGCCGGUGUACCGCGGCUCUCCCUCUGUGAGGGACUGGAUGCCGAACAAUCACUCCAUCAUCCUUAUUGAUGACUUUGAGUCUCCUCAGAAGCUGGCAGAAUUUAUUGACUUUCUAGACAAGAAUGAUGAGGAAUAUAUGAAAUACCUGGCAUACAAGCAACCGGGGGGCAUCACCAACCAGUUCCUUCUGGAUAGUCUGAAGCACCGGGAGUGGGGAGUGAAUGAUCCUUUACUGCCUAACUACCUCAACGGCUUCGAGUGUUUCGUCUGUGACCAUGAGUUGGCUCGUCUGGAUGCCGAGAAAGCCCACGCAGCCUCUCCUGGGGACAUCCCUGUCCCUGAGCCUCACAUUGCCCAGCCCUCACAUAUGGACUGUCCAAUGCCCACACCUGGCUUUGGCAAUGUGGAAGAGAUUCCUGAGAAUGACAGCUGGAAGGAGAUGUGGCUGCAAGAUUAUUGGCAAGGUCUGGACCAGGGGGAAGCUCUCACUGCUAUGAUCCACAACAAUGAAACACAGCAAAGGAAAUUUUGGGAUUACCUACAUGAGAUCUUCAUGAAAAGGAACCAAAAUCUCUAACUGCCCUUGCAAGAGUCUUUAACUUAGUAGAGCAAAGGAGAUCUUAUUCUGCCAUGGAACAUAAGGAACAUCCACUGCACAGACCCUUAAUAAACAUUAUCUUUCCAUGGAUUCAGAGAAUUCCAUUUAUAUCCACUGCUAUUUUAUCUUAAUGAUGGAUAGCCAAGGUCUCAGCCUAUGGUAAUAGGGCCUCCCCUCAAGGAGAGACAGAGGCAUACAAUUCUUGGUUCAGUGGGAAACAGAAGCCUAAAACACCCAUUUGAUUCGAGGUGCUGGUCUAAAAGAAUUUUUAAAGGACUGCCCACUUCUCUGUUUCAUCCUUUCGACUGUUCUUCACUACCAGUAAAGUAAUAUGGGCCAGGUCGUGACUUAUAGCUUAUGUUCUAGUCCCCAAGCCCCUCAUUAUUCAGUACCUUUCCCAAUAAUUUCUUUUCCUUAUCUCUUGCUUUAUAAAAUGUUAUGUUAGUGAAGCAAAACUUCUGGUGGGCUGUAUUCUGGUUUUUUAGGGUUUUAUUUUUUAUAUCAUUUACUUU